AUGUCGGGUACUUGCGGUCCCAAGGCCUCUGGAAUCACAGUCGCUAUGCGAUUCCGCAAUUUCCCUGCUGCGAUGGACGAAAAAUACGUCACACAAGUGUGGGAAAUGUUGAAGAAAGCCAUUCAAGAGAUCCAGAGAAAGAAUAAUUCCGGUCUGAGUUUUGAGGAGCUGUACAGAAACGCAUACGAACAGAUGGUGCUGCACAAGUACGGCGAAAGGCUAUACACUGGGCUAAAGCAAGUUGUAGAAGAUCAUUUAAGAAAUUACGUUCGGGUUAAAAUUGUGGAUUCAUUGGAUACAGGAAAUUUUUUGGAGGUUCUCAAUGAAGCAUGGAGUGAUCACACAACUGCAAUGGUAAUGAUACGUGAUAUUUUGAUGUACAUGGAUCGUGUGUAUGUAGAGCAAAACAAAGUUGAGCAGGUGUUUCACCUAGGGUUGGCAAUCUUCCGCGAUCAAGUCCUUUACCAAGAUUUUAUACAUCUCCAUCUGCGAACUACAAUGUUGUCACUUAUCCAGCAGGAGCGACGUGGAGCCGUUGUGAACUGGUAUGCUUGA